AUUUUUAUGGGUGUUGGUUGUUCUUGUUAAAGAGAAAUAACCGAAAGAUCUGAAACAUUAAGGUAAUCUUCGAUAACUUUAACAAAAUUAAUAGAAUAAGAAAAACAAAUUACCCUUAUUCCUGCAAGUUAAUUAACUUAAAUAGAAAUCCCAAAUGCACUACUUCCUUCUCCUUCAAGAUAAAGUAUUACUUUUGAAGCUGUAAUGAUCUCAAAAGUUAGAGUACCAUCUGAAGAGAGUUAGUUUCAAAAUCAAUUUACUUCAAUUAAGGAAAUUAAAUUGAUGAAAAAGAGGAACAAUUAACUUUCUAGACCUUAAAUCUAAGUACCUAAAAAGGAAAAUAAAAAAAGAGAAGCAUAUGAUGUAUCACCUAAAUAUCACUCUUCAAGUCCGAAAAAAAGAAAAAACUAGGAAUAAAUAUCACAAUUAGAAUAAUAAUAUUAUGAUAAUAAGAAAACAAAUAAAAGCAUUAGAAAAGUUUCAUCCUCAAGUUAGCAGAAAUUAAAUUAAUUUAAUGAAAUUGAAAUUAUUUCGAGAAGAAAAUAUUCUGAUCUUCCAUCAAGAACUGAAAAAACUUAAGUGAAAAGAAAGAUUAGUAAUUCAAUUGAUGAUCAUAAUUUUAUAAUUGGUACAGAUUGUAUUUCAAGAGUGAAAUCUUUUACUCCAAGUCCAAUAUUAAAAAGGAAAGACUCUGAUUGUGAUACUAAUUCUUUUUAGAAAAAAAUGGUUCGAUUCAAAGACAUAAACUAUAGAAGACCUGGAUUUGUUAAUUGAUCUUAUGACUUAAAAAAAAUGAACAUUUUUGAUGAAAAUAAACAGUUAAUAAUAUUUGAUAAAGAAACAAUCAUUAGAUA